GCGAGGCUCGACCGUAUGAACUUUAGCAAGCCGUUACGCAAAGGUCUCACUGGCCGACUACCCAUCUUGUGCGCCCAGGUGUCUCUGAAGGAGACCACCUCCUCCCAGCGUGCCUUGGAGAGCCAGCUGAUGAGCGCCCGCAACGUCGACUCGAGCCGCGACUUCCGGAUGCGGGAGUUGGAAGGACGCAUCAGGGCUCUGGAGAAGGAGAACGAAAUUCUCCGACAGAAGCAAUUAGGCCAAUCUAACAGCAGCACGCUGCACAUCAAGACCGAGGAGCUGUCGCGGCAAUUCAACGAGCAGCUCAGCAUCAUGAAACAGGAGAAGGAGCAAGAGAUCCAGCGGCUGCGGACUCAGAUUACGAGGCUCCAGACGGAGAUCACCACCGAGAGGACGUCAUCCGCAUCGGAGAAGACCCUCCAGCUGAAGAUCUCGGAGCUCCUCGCCAUGCUGGAGCAGCGGCAGACCACCAUCACCAGACAGGAGGAGGAGAUCCGGAAGCUGAUGAUGGACAGAACCAAAAACGACAACUCCAGGACAACUAAGACUAUCAUCACCAAAAGAUACAGGACCCAGUACCCGAUCCUCGGCCUGCUGGGUGACGACUACCAGGGGACCACGAGCUCGCCCAUCGGUGAAGACAAGACUGUCGUCAUUGAACGAACUGGAGAGGUUUUUCAACAGGAAUGAGGGAACAACAACGUGGAAAUCACCCGUCCUGUCCACUCCAUUGAUUCCAUAGGAUGACUCUAACGUGGGAAUGCACCCGAUCUUUUAUUUUGAUACUAAUACAACAAUUCUAUGCCCCCCCCUUUUUUUUUUUUUGCAUUGGCCAAUUAUGGGCAAACACUGACUAGCUUUUGCAGUAGUUUAUUGAUGUUUCCCCAUAAAGCAAGGUGAAUUUGUCGCUGUACAUAUUUAAAUAUAUAUAUUUCUGAGACGGUUUAGAGAAAUGGGGAGCUUUGCUUUGCUGUCAGACGCUUGCGUGUAAUGUUUAUUGGAGGGUAGGAUGAAGGGAGGAGGUGCAUGGAUGUGGGCGCUUAUAGUUGUUGAAUGGAUCUUAAAG